AUGUCAUCUUCAGCACCCACCACCUCCGUGCCGCCGACGUCGGGCAUCCCGGUCACCACGCUGCCGCCGACCACCACCACCAGCCCGCCGCCCACCACCACCACAGCGCUGCUCAACUCGUCCGCCGCGGGGAUCGUUCCAUCCUCGCCACCAGCUGCGCAGCCGAUCGAACCGACCGCCGCCGCUUUCGGCAACCUGGUCGCUGCCAUCUACGGGAUGCAAAAGCAGAUCAGCGAUCUCUCGGUCCGCAUGUCCUCCAUGGAAGGCCGCCAGCCCUCACCGCCGCAGUCUUACCCCUACGGACUGCCGGGUUACGGCGGCAUACCAGCGCUGCCAGCGCCAGGGCCAGCCAUCUCCGAGCUCUUCGCUGUGCCACCGUUUCAGCCGCCGCAGCACACAUCCACCACCCCCACCCAGUCCUCCAUCGCAUCGCCGUCGAUGACUGGGGGCGUCCCCAUCACCCAAAUUUCGUUUCCCCACUCACCAUCACCAAUUCCCACCAUGUCCUCCAUUAUGGGCAGCGCCCAUCCGCCAACCCAACCGCCUACCGCUCACUACACCGCUGCCCAGCCUUAUGUCCCUGAACCUGCGAAUCCCAUCGUUCCUCGCUACCAGAAAGCUGGAAUUCCCCACCUAUGA